CACAGAUUGAUUGGAAGCGCAGAGCAAGCGCUGGAGCUCCUGCGCUGCCGCGGGUUUCCUUCCCUGGAAGCACUCAGCUGAUCCCUGCAGGAAUGGCCAUGGGGCUCAGUGCUUCUCCACCAGCUGUGCUUCUGCUCCUCUCCCUGCUGGGUCUGGCUGCUGCUGGGAAGCUCCUGGUGGUGCCAGUGGAUGGGAGCCACUGGCUGAGCAUGCGGGAAGUGGUGGACAUGCUCCAGCAGAAGGGACACGAGGUGGUUGUGGUGGCACCUGAAGUCUCCCUGCAGAUCAAACCAUCCAAGACCUUUGAGAUGAAAAUGUACCCAGUGCCUUUCACUCGGGAAGAGAUGGAUAAAGAGUUUGUGGACCAAUACUACCAGAAGCUGGGGAAAGACAGCUUUGAGACCCUAAAGCUCUCAUUUUUACUCAGCAACAUCACGGAGCUGACCAACAUGUUCACUUCUGCUUGUCGGCACCUCUUAUCUGACAAAGAACUCAUGAAGUACCUCCAGGACAGCAAAUUCGAUGCCAUCAUGAUGGACCCUGUGCUGCCCUGUGGGCCAAUUCUGGCUGAGUAUCUCUCCCUGCCCUCUGUGUACUUCAUGCGAGGCCUUCCUUGUACCUUAGACUACAAAGGCGCGCAGUCUCCCAGCCCCGUAUCCUAUGUGCCCAAGACUUUAUCAUCUCUUUCCGACCGCAUGACAUUCCCUGAGCGUGUGAAAAACUUCCUGAUCGGGCUCUCAGAGCCUUUGCUUUGCCACCUGUUUUAUUUGAAAUACGAGGGCUUGGCCUCAGAGUUCCUGCAGAGGGAUGUAACGAUACAGGAGCUGUUCAGCCAAGCAUCAGUUUUGCUGAUGAGAUACGACUUUGUUUUUGAGUACCCGCGCCCCGUCAUGCCCAACAUGGUCUAUAUUGGAGGCAUCAACUGCCUGCAGAAGAAGCCACUCUCAAAGGAAUUUGAAGCCAUGGUGAACGCCUCUGGAGAACACGGCAUCGUUGUUUUCUCGCUGGGCUCCAUGGUGUCCGAGAUUCCUAUGAAGAAAGCCAUGGAAAUCGCAGAGGGCUUGGGAACAGUCCCUCAGACGGUCUUCUGGCGCUACACAGGCAAGGCACCCCCCAACCUGCCCAAGAACGUGAAGCUCGUCAAGUGGCUGCCUCAGAAUGACCUCCUGGCCCACCCCAAGACUCGCGCCUUCAUCACCCACGGAGGCUCCCACGGUGUUUAUGAGGGAAUCUGCAAUGCAGUGCCCAUGGUGCUGAUGCCUCUCUUUGGGGACCAGAUGGACAAUGCCAAGCGAGUGGAGUCCCGGGGAGCAGGGCUGACCCUCAACAUCCUGGAGAUGACUUCCAACGAUAUCUCCAACGCCCUGAAGGCAGUGAUCAACGACAAAAGGUACAAGGAGAACAUCCAGCGCCUCUCCGACCUGCACCUGGACAGACCCAUCCACCCUCUGGACCUGGCUGUGCACUGGGUGGAGUUUGUGAUGAGGCACAAGGGGGCCCCUCACCUGCGCCCUGCCGCCCACGACCUCAACUGGGUGCAGUACCACUCGCUGGAUGUCAUUGCCUUCCUGGCGGCCGUCACCCUCCUCGUCCUCUUCAUCUCCUUCAAGUGCUGCCUCUGCUGCUGCCGCCGGUGCUUCUGCAAGAAGGGCAGGACAGGGAAGGCCACCAAAGCCAAGUCCCACUAGCACCUGGGAACAGUGGUAGGUGACCAAGCUCCCGCUCCAGACCCAGCAGAGGGGUCAGGGAACAGCUUGAAUUUCACUGCAAUGAAUAAAACACUGUGAUUUUCAGCCAAGGAAUGAUAGGGUUCCUUUGAAAUAGCAGCACGAGAAGGAUUGUUCCCCUGAUCUAAUUUUGGCCUUUUAAUUAAGAAUGGGUUGUUAAAAAUGCCUUGUGUAGGAGUGCUGCAGUCACUUGGGAAGGUCUGAGUGUGAAAUCCCCAGCCCCUGGCUUCCACCUGUCAGUGUGCAGAGGACUCAGUGAAAUCUUUUAACCUCCACCUGCAGCAGAGACAGGUAGGGAUUUUGGAGGAGAACCAUCUGGCCAGAUUUUUGUUUGAAAUCUCUGUGUGGCUGCAGUUGUAGGAGAGGCAAAUGUACACUCACAGCUCCUGGUCAUGCAAACCGAGCUCGAUGCACAUCUUCGUGGGUUUACAAGACCCUGAACAGAACCAAGCUGCUGGAAAAUCCCUGGUGUUUCCCCCAAAUUGCCCAUCAGGCAGAUGUGCUGUAGCUGGAGCUCACCUGCUGGUGAGGAGAUCUUUGUAAGCAUCACUUAUAAACCCCCACAACUGAUUUGCUCUUUGUAAGUGAUGCUCAGGGAAAGACCCAAACCCCAGCCCUAUAAAUAAACCCUGAAUACUAAAAA